AUGGCGACGAUGCAACGAUCCGAUUCAUUGGCCGUACAGGAAGGUAGCAGGUCGGUGCUCGCGCUCGUGCUGUCGCUGUCGCCGCUGUACCUCUUGCUCCAGUCGCGUGGUCAGUCCCUGAGCAACUCCACACGGCCUCGGUCUCCGCUUCCCGAACCAACGUAGCUGACCUUUGGCAUGUCUCACGACCUACAGGCAGACUCGGACUCGACAACCUCCACCUCGGCUUGAUCCAGGUCGUCAUGCUACUCGUGCUCAAGACCGUGCUCAACCUUAUCCCCUUGGGUUCCUCGCUCGCCAACUCAUUCAGCUCCGAAGCCAAGACCGAUUCCCGCCAAGUGCAACAAGUGCAAACUGAGCAAGGCACCAAACUCAAGACCCAGAAAAAACGUCGAUCCAGAAAAGUCUCCUCAAAAGCGGCCGCCGCAGCUCCCGCUGAUACGGGAUUGUACCGAACCGCCUGGCUCGAUCAAAUCGUGACCAACUUUAUCGCCUCGACCGAACCUCGCUACCUCAAACUUCUACCCGACCCAGAAACACCCCCACCGCUGCCCGCUAUGCCCUUGGAACAAUGGGACUCGAUGUACAAGGACGACGCGUUGCAGGUCUCGUGCCACCCCAAGAUGAAAUCCUUGUUCGCGAUCCAAGCCAAGUUCCCCGACGUGCCUCUACGCAAGCUAUACGAAACGUUGAUCGACGUGCAGAAGCGCAAGGAAUGGGAUGGGAUGUGUGCUGAUGUCGGCGAGAUUGAGAUGGUCGAACUGGGAGGUAGGAGGGGUAGUUGCUCGUGGAUCGCCAUGAAGGGAAUGGCCAUGAUCAAAGCCAAGGUGCGCAAUGGCCCUUGUCGUGCGAAACUAAGUUAUGUAGCUCACAAGCUUUGUCUUCGUCAUACUACAGGACUUGUGCGUCGUGUCGGUCGUCAACCGGCUCCCUGCAGAAGCCGAUGGCAAAGUGCGCAUCACGUGCUCGACGACGUCCUUCGAUCACCCCAAGUGCCCACCCAAACCCGAGUACAACCGCAUGAAGCUUGGCAUUUCUGGUUUCUUGAUCGAAGACUUUGGAGAGGGCGGAAGUCAGAUCACCCAACUGACCGAUCUUUCGGGUCUUGGAUGUGAGUUUCAUUCCCUUUGUGGUGCCCGUAGGCGAAGAACUUUCGGAAUCUCACCUCUCGCUCUUGUACGAUGCACAGCUUGGAUUCCCUCUGCCGUUCUUCGCACCGUCACCCAGACCAUGCUCCCCAAGUCUCUGCAACGCAUGGGCCGGACCGCAGCCGAAUUUGACCUGUCCAAGUCUCGCUUCGCUCUCGAAGGCGACGAAUGGUUACCCCCUCUCCUUGGCUCCGCCGACGAUAGCAAACCCGACUCUGGAUCAGCACCUGCUGGAGCUAGCACAGAGGCUGAUGACGAUGUUGAUGAAGACGUUGACGAGUUCACCGACGACGAAAACGAUGACUUAUCCCCGGUCGCGACACGUGAAAUCUCAACUCUCGUCGACCAACUCAAGACCUUAACGAAUCGACUCUCUGCGCUCGAAGGGGGUGCCGGUGCGGAUGGAAAAGGAUCGAAAUGGGGUGGUUUGCUGGGCGUUUCGACGAUGCAUAACGGGAGUGGGAGGUUGACUGUUGCGGGUGGAGCGGCGGGAGCGGCGAUCGCCUUGGCGGCUUUGUCGUUUUGGAAUCGGCGAAGGAGGUAG